AUGUACGCGGACGCGCUCGAGCGCGAGCGCGACCGCGCGCGACCGCGCGCGCGCAGCCGCAGCCGGUCGUCCAGGAGCGCCUCCUCCUCCUCCUCCUCCUCCUCCUCCUCGUCGUCCUCCUCGUCGACCUCGCGCGGCGGUCGUCGAAGGAGCGGGGACGGAGGAUCGUCCGAUCGUCGCGACCGUCUCCCUCGUCGAGACCCCGACCCUCGCGACUCGAGGCCGCCGUGGGCGUCCGACGACCGCGAGCGUCGCGACCGCGACCGCGACCGCGACCGCGACCGCGACCGCGACCGCGACCGCGACCGCGACCGCGAUCGCGACCGCGAGCGGUCGCGGUCGCGCGAUCGCGGCGAACGACGGCGCUCUCGGUCGCGCUCGCGCGAUCGGCGCCGAGACGGCGACGACCGGCGACGGAGCGGGUGGGACGACGACGAGCGCGUCGGAGAUGAGCGAAGCGAUCGUAGACAACACGAUAGGGACCGAGACAGAGUGCGCGACGGGGAUAGGCGCAGGGAGCGGGAACGCGAACCGUCGCCGAAGCGACGCGAACCGUCGCCUUCGCCGCCCGCCCCCGAGCGCGGCAGAGAGCGGAAGGAGCACAAGGAGAAGGAGCACAAGCGCAAGCGCCAGAAGAAGCGCUCUGGGAAGGACUCGAAGAGGGAUCAGAAGAAGGAAAAAAAGAGCGGCAAGAACAAGCGGAAACGGCAUCAUCACGACCGCGUCGACGGGAAGAUAUCCGCGGUGUCCGGCAAGAGAAUUAAGAUGAAGGUGGAGAAGACGAAGCGGGACGUCGAGCUGGAGACGAACCGUCAGAACCUCCUCGCGUUCUUGAACGACUCGUACGACUAG